AGCCGCCUUGCCUCCUGCGUUUCUCCUGGGCGGUCCUGCAGGUGCCCUGCGUGCAGACCAGGUGCCCAGCCUGGUGCCCCGCACGUCUCCUCCUUCUGCCCCUGGAAGAGCCCGAGCCUCACCGGCGACCCGCGGCCGCCCUGCAAGCCCAUCAUGCUGACAGAAGACAUGAAGCUCUGGCACGGCUUAGUGAUUGCAGCGGUGUCCCUCAUCCUACAGGCCUGCCUCUUCGCGGCCUUCGGCUACCUGCUCAGCAGGCACAUGGCCAAGGAGAGUGAGCGGCUACUGAAAGGGGCCAGGCUCCAGGCCCCGAACCCCAGCCCUGCCCACCAUCAGCCACUUCCUGCCAAGGAGGAGACUCCCAGCACCUCUGUGUCUGAGCCCCGUUAUAGGCGUGAAAGGCACGGCAGCGGCACAUCCUCGGGUAGCUCUGACAGCGUGGACAGCUCGGGUAGCUUGUCUCCAGCCUGCCAGGCCAUGAAGAAUAUGAAUUACGCACAAGUGGUCUUUUCUGCCACCAAAGAACUAAAAAAUGAAUCUUCCCUGGACUAUGAAAACAUCAAGGAAACCACAGAUUAUGUGAACGUCAAUCCAAAAAGCCACAAACCCAAUUUCUGGACUUUCGCAAAGCCUGCUGACUCUGAGCCGGUGGAGUACACGCAGGUGGCCCCACUGUGAGGUCUAGGUCUUUAAGGGGGUGCUGUUCUCCAGAAAUUCUCACACUCACCUUGUAGGGGAAUGACUUUUUUUAGCUCACUCAGCAAGAAAG